GAGAGUGAGUGCCUGAGGAUGCAGUUAGACCUCCCUUCUGUGGAGGGGCACCGGCAGUGAGUGAGGUGGGGUGCCCUUGAGCCCAGACAGAGGAGAGCAACGGGGCCAGGACCUGAGGCCUGGUAGAGUGCCCAGAGGGGCCUUGCUUCCUGCUCUGCCGGCUGUGUUUACUGAGUGAGCUGCUGUGUUCCCGGGGGUGGGGCAGUGGGUAAGUGCCAAGGUGGCACGAGGCUGGGCAUGUGCCCUGCCACAGAUAGUGUCUAAGGAGUGUCAGGCACAGGGACAUGGCGCUGUGAGGACCUCUGCCCCUACUCCAGCACCUGGAUCUCCUUAGAAGAUGACCUCUGACCUGGGGACCGCUAGAGUAUCAAAGUAUAGGUACCCCCAGCCCUGGGUCCAGUCCCCUAUCUGUGAGUCCUGGCACUGCUUAUAGCCUCUGACGCCAGAGGGGCUGAAAAUAGCCCCUUAGGGGAGGGAGAGGGGGGCUAUUUAAAGGACCCAGAAGCAGCAGAGCCUGAGAGAGUGAGGCACGAUCAUGGCCACUUCAGAGCUGAGCUGCCAGGUGUCGGAGGAAAACCAGGAGCGCAGAGAGGCCUUCUGGGCCGAGUGGAAGGAUUUGACACUAUCCACGCGGCCUGAGGAGGGCUGCUCCCUGCAUGAGGAGGAUGCCCAGCAGCGGGAGACCUACCACAGGCAGGGCCAGUGCCAGACGCUAGUGCAGCGCUCCCCCUGGCUGGUGAUGCGGAUGGGCAUCCUUGGCCAAGGGCUCCAGGAGUACCUGCUGCCCUACCAGCGGGUGCUGCCACUGCCCAUCUUCACCCCCACCAAGGUGGGCACCACUAAAGAGGAGCGCGAAGACACCCCCGACCAGCUGCGGGACAUCCUGGCCCUGGAGGCAGCCCUGGGCGGCCAGUGUGUGGAGCGCCAGGAUGUGGCGGAGAUCACCAAGCAGCUGCCCCCCGUGGUGGCUGUCAGCAAGCCUGGGGCCCUGCGCCGCUCCCUGUCCCGCUCUAUGUCCCAGGAGGCACAGAGAGGCUGAGAGGGACUGUGGGCUGCCCUGUGCCCGCCCUGGGCUGGGCCCUUCCCGGCUAGGACCACAGAGCAAAGCUGCUGGCCGUGGAUGCUUUGUAGUUUGCCAGAGUUGGGGGCUAAGAAAGGCAGGAGCUAGAGCCCAGGGUGCUCAGGGCUCCGGAGUUCCCACAGGGAGGGGAGUAGACAUGGCAAGCUGGGGGCCAGCACAGCUGAGCACCACCAGCCCCUGGAGAACAGAUGGAAGGUGCCGGUGAGGGCAGGAGGCCCUGUGUGAGGAGCGCCUGACCUGGGCUUCCACUUCAGAGAAGGAUGAGGAAAAGUGUACAGGGGCCUGGGAUCCUUCAGGGGAGGGGGCUUGAAGAAGAUUGGUGGAAGGGGGAUGUGAGUAGAGCAGAGGCAUGGCAAGGCCCCCAGCACCCUGUUAGCGCUGUAAUAAAUGCUGAGUCAUA